UGGAUGAGCCGAACAUUUUGACCCUCAACUAAGACAGCGUCUUUAUACUCUCACUAGAGAUUACAAAUUGAUUAAAUGUUGGAAAAAAAAAUAGUGCAGAGCAGUGAUAAGAAAAAAGCUUUCAUUGAUCGAUGAGCAGAAUAAUCUUCAUAUGGAGUCGUAUGUUGAGGUCGCCAGCAGAGCAGAGUGAUUCAUGAUGACGACUUGGUUGUCUUUGUGGGGGGUUAUUGGUUACUCUCUGGAUUAAAUUACACUAAAAUUAUGAUAUAGUUAAUAUUUAAAUUUAAAAAACACCAUAAUGGUUAAUAAUUAAAUAAGAUGUAAGUGGUAAUGUUUCAGAUUUUGGUAAGUUUGUGAACUAGAUUGUUUUCUUUAUCAAAGUUUAGAUCCAAACCCAUAAUUUUAUCCGAAAAGAUAAAAUUCGAUUUAAACAUCUUUUUAGAUUCAUUUUCUAUUCUUUUCUCAAUGUGCCCCCAUAGCAUAUUUAAGCCGCUUGCAAGCUCAGUGUAGCGAUAAAGCCAAUGCGAUAUUUCGUAUCUGAGAGAACGCUUCGCUCUUAUCACGUGAGAAUGCUUUUCGGUGUUUUUUUUUCUGUUUUGCGGCGACAGUUGCGAGUGCAUAGCCGGCCGGAGAGGAACAGCCAAAUCAUGGAGCCGCAUCAGGAUUCGCCCGUAUACGCCAACUACGAGGACAUGCGAAACUCCGGUCCAACGAGCUCUAUGAACUAUACGGUCAACAUGCGACCUGAGGAGGCAGCUAGGAUUCCAGCUACCACUCAGCAAUAUAGAGGAUUCAAGACAUCUGAGAAUGAGCCCAAGGGCUUCAUGGAAUGGGUUGUCACCUUCUUCUCCGUGCUGAUCUUCAUCAUCACCUCGCCCAUCGCCAUCUUUAUAUGCUUCAAAGUGGUGGCGGAGUACGAGCGGGCGAUCAUCUUCCGGCUGGGCAGACUUAGUGGUGGAGCCCGUGGUCCUGGCAUGUUCUUCAUCUUGCCGUGCAUCGAUGAGUACCGUAAGGUGGAUCUGCGUACGGUCACCUUCAAUGUGCCGCAACAGGAGAUGUUGACCAAGGAUUCGGUAACGGUGACUGUGGAUGCCGUGGUAUACUAUCGGAUCAGUGAUCCCCUAUAUGCAGUAGUGCAGGUCGAGGAUUAUAGUAUGUCCACCCGCCUGCUGGCAGCCACCACACUACGGAACAUAGUCGGCACUCGGAAUCUCUCAGAGCUACUCACCGAACGUGAAAUCCUCGCCCAUACCAUGCAGGCCACUUUGGAUGAGGCCACCGAGCCCUGGGGUGUCAUGGUGGAGCGCGUUGAGAUCAAGGACGUCUCCCUGCCCGUUUCCAUGCAGCGUGCCAUGGCCGCCGAGGCUGAGGCUGCCCGCGAUGCUCGUGCCAAGGUGAUUGCCGCCGAAGGUGAGAAGAAGUCCGCCACUGCCCUUAAGGAGGCUUCCGAUGUCAUCUCCUCCAGCCCUUCAGCUCUGCAGCUUCGGUACUUGCAAACCCUAAGCAGCAUUUCGGCAGAGAAGAACUCCACCAUUAUCUUCCCGCUGCCCAUGGAGCUGUUGACUCCUUAUCUGGCUAAAUACGCCCAUAUGAUGGGACCUCCACCGCAGCUGCCAGAUAAGUCCGACAGCUCAGUACUAGAGGCCCAGGCCGCUUGGCCAAAGACAAACCUAUGAGUUAUUCAAAACGUAUUACGCAAAGAUAUAUUUACGAUCUUUUAUAUAUACAUAUAAAUUUUUUUUUUUUUAAUAAAAUGUCAUCCACAAGGAAAAUAGUAUUACAAAGGUAUUAACUAGCUAUUAUGAGUUAUAUUUGGUUUUCCUAUAAAGUUUAAAAAAGUGUUAAAGAAAAUCUUUGGUUAGUUUAAAGAAAGCCAUUUCAAAAAUUUCCUUUAAACUCUAUCAAAAUGGUCAUUGAAUUUAUAACAAAUACACCUUUGUUUUAUACUAAAUUACCAUUGCCAAAUACUAACUAAACUUAGUAAUAUAAAAGUGGAUCUUAGAAUGUUAUUAAUUCUCUAAAUAUUACAAAUAACAAACAGACACUUACAAUUUCCCUUGGCAUUUACAACAAAUAAACGUUGGCCGGAUCCACGGCUAGGGAUUCCGUAGCUAA